GAUCGCCGGUGCGCUGUGUCCCUCGGACACAGCGGAUCACGGAAAGAGCCGAAGAUGUCGGCUCGGUCAUGUGAUCAGCUGUGUCCAAUCACAGCUGAUCACAUGGCACUGAUGAUCAGUGUGCCCUGAUGAUCAGCGUGGCCCCAGAAGUGCCACCUGUCAGUGCUCAUCAGUGCCACGUGCCAGAGCCCAUCAGUGCCACGUGCCAGUGCCACAUCAAUGCCACUUAUCAGUGCAUACCAAUGCACAUCAAUGCCACAUAUCAGUGCCCAUCUGAGCUGCCUUUCAAUGUCACCCAUCAGUGCCAGUCACUGCUACCUAUCAAUGCCAAUCAGUGCCACCUAUCAUUGCUGCCAAUCAGUGCCAGUCAGUGCUGCCUAUCAGUGCCAUAUAUCAGUGUC